AUGCUGGGACUUGUAGUUCUCCUGCCAGCCUUCACCUGUCCCUGUGGCAAUCAGUUCCGGCGGAUGCCCGGUCCCGGGACCGCAGUGCAGUACUGGCCCCUCCGGUGUAGCCUCCACCUGCCCAGGAACCUUAUUUUGGGGGCCCUACUGGAUCCUCCUGUGUCUGGAUGCUCAGCCCCGCCCGCCCGCUGUCACCCCGUUCUCCCUUCCCAUUGGCCUUCCGGGCCUGUCACUCUGCGCCCGGCGAGGCGGGACAGCGACAGCUGGCCAUUGGCGCGGCAUUGGCGGAAAGUUUUCCAGGACGGCGGAAUUCCCGAAGCGAAGGAAUCCAGCGAGAUUCUUAUUGCACAUGCGCUCGGAGCAAAGACGUAUCGUGGUCUGGCCCGGCGCCUGGCUCGCUUACCGGUCUCCGCGGGACAGCUGGAGCACAUAGCGAAGAUGGCGCAGGAACGGCUGAAGAGGGUCCCCGUUCAGUACAUUAUCGGAGAGUGGGACUUCUUAGAUCUGACGCUGCAGAUGAGGCCGCCCGUAUUUAUCCCGCGCCCCGAGACCGAGGAACUGGUCGGGCUGGUCCUGGCGGAUUGUCCGCAGCUGAGGCAGUCACCGGAGCCCAGAAUCCUUGAAGUGGGCUGCGGUUCUGGAGCCGUGUCCUUGGCAUUGCUGCAGAACCUUCCCCAGGCUCGUGUCCUGGCUGUAGAUAAAACCAAGGCGGCUGUGGAUCUCACCCGGGAUAAUGCCGAGAGACUCGAUCUUCAACAUCGAAUCCGGAUUCUGCACCAUGACAUAUUAUCAGACCCCGCAGAGCACCUCCUCGCCCUGGGCCCCGUGGACGUUUUGGUCAGUAACCCUCCAUACAUAUUCACAGAGGACCUGUCUUCUUUGGACCCGGAGAUCAUAAGGUGAAGACCAUUUUCUGUACAUCAGUCUGUUGUAUCUGC